CGCCCUGCAGGGCCCGGACCCCGGUAAACCAACCGCCGCCAUCGGAAGUGCCGCACUUUACCGUGGGAGACCGGACGGAUGUGCCAGGUUUGUGUGGGCAUGUGUCCAAGACGCCCUUCGGACUUGCAUCUCGGCAUUGACGUGCGUGCUUUCAUGUCCCAGGCAUGAACAUGUCCAGACCAGACUCGCCGACGACAAACCUCGACCGACCAUGAUCUCUCGAUAACCUACCUACCUACCUACCUACCUACCUACCUACCUACCUACCUACCUACCUCCCUACCUCCCUACCUCCCUACCUCCUCAAACACACACGAAUACACGAACACACAUACAUACACACACACACGCGCACAUCACCGACCGAGCUAUGCCGACGCCGACGCCGUUCCGAGUUGUGUUGCGGCGCCAGACCACGCCAGGUCUGCGCAGCCGCCUCUCCCAGAACCACCGCCACCACCAGCGCCGCGCCCACUCGGACGCACCCAAGCCGAAGCGCGCAGAGGACCCGAUUCCCGUGCCCAACACCGUCUCGACCAUCCCGCUGUGGCAGCGCCUCGGGCCCUUGACGCGCGCCGCCGAGGGAUACGCCCGCGCACAGCGCAAGAGACCCCUGACGACGCAGCUCGUCAGCUCGCUCGUCAUCUACUUCUGCGCCGACCUCUCGGCCCAGAACAUGAGCGGCAACGACUACAGCCCGGAGCGGACGAUGCGCUCGCUGACCAUCGGCGCCAUCUCGUCGAUUCCCAGCUACAAGUGGUUCAUCUUCCUCUCCCAGAACUUCAACUACGCCUCGCGCCUCCUUUCGCUUGCCACAAAGGUCGUCGUCAACCAGGUGUGCUUCACGCCCAUCUUCAACUCGUACUUCUUCGGCAUGCAGGCCUUCCUCGCCGGCGACAAUCUCAACCAGAUCAUCGAGCGUAUCCGCCGCACCGUGCCCGUGAGCAUCGUCAACUCGUGCAAACUGUGGCCCGCCGUCACCGCCUUCAGCUUCUCCUUCAUCCCCAUGGAGUACCGCAGCGUCUUCUCGGGCGUCAUCGCCGUCGGUUGGCAGACGUACCUGAGUUUCCUGAACCGGCAGGCCGAAGUCGUAGAGGAAGCCGAGGAGGUCGACGAGAGAGCCCACGCGGUGCAGGCCAUCGCUGCUCGUGAUGGAUCGGCCAAGAUGGAGGCGUAGGGCGAGGGGUUAUAGAAGAGAAGGAGGGAAUUGAAAGAGAUAUAGAUACCCUAUUAGACGUUCUUUGCUAGGGGUUAUGAGUUUCUUUUGUAUUGCAUUAGAACGGCGUUUGGGGGGGUUUUAACAUAAGAAAUCAAGGCGGGAUCCAGACAUGGAGAAGUCAUGAGCUGAUACCAUUUUAUUGCCAGAAAGACAUCUAUAGAACAGACAGAUAAAGAGGGAGAGGGAGCGAGGCAAUAUAUACCAAACACUAGAUAAGAAA